UAGUACUUUUUAACCCCAAAACUGUCCACUUCACAGACACACUCAACACAAUUCUUUUCUUGAAAAACUGCUCCACUUUCCCCUUCAACAUCCAUUUCCCUAAAUUUUCAGGGUUUUUCUGUGGGAAGCUGUUAUUGAGUUUGGAGUUUGGAUCUUUGGAGGUUUAGGAAAUUGGAGAUUGUGCAUGGAUCUAAGUGUUAAUUGACAGAAGUGUUGAGGUUUGGAUUUGGGUUAUUCAUGUGAGUGAAAGUGGUGGUCUUCUUGUUGUUGUGGUUAUUGGUUUCUAGAUUGAAAUGGAGCAAGGAGGCUUUGGUUCUGACUCUGGUACACCACCAGGGCCUAUUGAUAAGUCUAAGGUUUUGGAUGUGAAGCCUUUGAGAUGUCUUGUCCCUGUAUUCCCAACCCCGAAUGGAAUGACAUCUACAAAUCCCCAACCAUCACCUUUUGUGUGUGUUCCGCCAAGUGGUCCUUUCCCGCCUGGGGUUUCUCCGUUUUAUCCGUUUUUGUCUCCGAAUGACUCUGGAAGAUCAGCUGAAAAUCAGGAGGGUUUUGGUUUUGGAACGCCUAUAUCUCCUGUUCCUUUGAAUUCUUUCAGAACUCCGACUGCGAAUAGAGAUGCCAGGCCAAGAAGGCCUGGUAGACCUCGUUCUGCUGCGAAUGGCUUAGCUACAGAUGAUGAUGAUUUACAGCACAACGACCAAUAACUGAUAAUGUGAGUUUACUAAUAACUGAUAUAACCGAUAACAUGAGUUACUGUAUCUGACAAUCCUGAAUUUGAUGAAACUAGCUGAGUUUCGUACUGUAUCUGAGUUGACUAUGUCUGAC